AUUAUAGAGCAAAGUUCUAGUCUCAGAAUUGUGUGCUCACCUUAUAUUUCAUUGUCAGAUAUUCCUCAUCUUCAGAGGAAGAAAAUUAAGUCAAAAGUCUAUUUUCCCAUGCACUUUGAUAUCUCAUCUAUUUUUUUCCAUGAUAGAUCUUCUCCCGUAAGAGAUUCAGUUGUUAUAAAGUGCUCUCUCCAGUCAAAUUAUCUGCUAGAAGACAGCAGUAGUCUUUACAUCGACUUACCAUAGAAACACUUGUUCUUUUGUUUACAAGCUGCUGGUACUCUUAAUGAGACAUGAGCUCAUUAUCUGUAUUCUCUUAUACAAGAUUAAAAGCCUCUCUGUAGUUGCUACAUGUAGGAUCAGGAAAACCAGACUGAGUAUGUGCUUGCUUUAUACCAAAUCACAUGAAAAAGUAGAUAAAUAUUUAGAAAUAUUUCUCAAAUUUUUGAUCACUCAACGAGGGGAGCACUUACUGACAUAACAACUACUAAAAGUAAUUUAAUCCAGAUUAUGGAUUAAAUGCGAUUUGCGGCACUUCCUAUUUUUCCCCAAGAAAGGCUGUAAUCACAAGUUGUUUUGCAAUUCUUCUGAUGUGGUCAACUCCCGGCAUUGAGAUUUGUGAUCUCUUCCCUGCCUUGCAAAUCCAGUUGUUUAGAUUGCAGUGUGUUCUGCUCAAAAAAGAGGAAGCACUCCUUGGGGGUAGGGUAUCAUGCUUUUUAUUAAUGUUAAAUGCUAUUUCUUUGAUACUCGUAAAACUGGUUUUGUUCAGCUCCAGGUCUCUUUGUUGGCGAGUUCUUUGUAGCUGAAGGGUCUCCCCUUCCAAGCCUCAUCUCUUACCAUCCUCCUCGGUCUCCCAUGUCCCAUCGCUUACCACCCCACACCUGUACUUCUCUGUGCUGCAUCCCAUAUCUCCAUUUCUCAAGGCCUCUGCUGUGAUACUCUGCCUGUCAUACUCUAUACUAAUCAUAAAUAACUCAUUUGACAUGGAAUAACUGUUGCUGCUGUCUGUUUCAAACUGUGGUUGUACCAAAGAUAACUAAAAUAAUUAUUCAUAGUCACCUGGUCAACAUGGGAAAAUGCUGAAUUAGAUGGCUAAGUAAAACAUUCACCUGAUGAGCCUCAGUCCUGAGGCCUUGUAAACGCAGUGCAAAGCCAUCACUAGUGAUGGAGGUGUUGCAUUGCAGGGCUAGAUUCUUACUGAAGCAAGCCAUGAUUAAUGGUUUUUUCUGCUGAUGUUGGGUGAUUUACGGUAGGCUGGCUGCGGAUGUUGUUACUUUGGUGUUGAUGUGCGUGCAUAAACAGGACAACAUAAAACGGGAAUGUAAAUCUAGACUUUUAGGAGGUGGUUGUAGCUCAACAAUAAGUUGAUGGCGGAUGCCCUUGGGCAGAGUUGUGGAAUGAUGGGAUUGUGGUUUCUGAUGAGAGGACUCUUCUAGGAGAAGGUUCACUGUUGAUCAGUGUGCGUGGAGCUGUGAACUUGUGUGAUUUGACCUGAGAGCACCUGAAACUUCAAUUUCACAAAACUUGGCUUCAAGUAGGUAAGCUACAAGCCACAGUUUUCUUAAGAUACAGCAGGAAUAUCAAUCUGUAUCCCGUAUCAACUCUUCCUCACGUUCAAAUAAAGCAUCUUUCUGCAUGUGGUCUCCUGUAACGCUUUGAUGUUCCUUCUGUAUUGACUGUUCUGCCUUGUGCUAUAGGUUAUCAAGUCCAAAUCAAAAGGGCGAUAUGGGUUGGCAUCAUCAAACUGGACUGACGGGGACAACCGAAAAAUUAGGCAAAGUUUGAACAGGGCUGCCACCCCAAAAUGAUGUUUGGGUCUGCUUAGCUGGGCUGAUUUUCUCUUUGGCAGAACACAUCUCAGUUUAUCUCAGGCUCUAAAUUCCCUCAUGGUACGCAGCUUGGCACUGAGAAUGAGACUUGACUACUUAAAUUUCACUGCCACUGAGGAAAAAAAGGAUAAUUAUGUGCAAAGCAGAUCAUUCACUGGUAUGAAUGCAAAGAGAUUAAAUGUCUUAAUGAAAAAAUUAAAGGUUCCUGCUAGAGCCUAUACUAUUGAACAAGCCUUUUGACUGUUAACGAUGCUUACACCCUCCUCCUCUGAAGGUGUGGCUGGCUCCGUCUUUUAUUUCCAAACUCUCCCCACCAAAAAAAAAAAAAAAAGCUUUCAGGAACAGCACACCAGUUUAGAACAACUUGGAUCAAUAAAAUUACAGUUUUAGGAUUCUGGACAAGGGCUUUCAUCAUUCCCCAUGCAGAAGCAGCCACAAAGUAGGUGUGUUUUAUUGUUUUCUAACUUCAAGUUUAUCAUUGCACUUUGGAAGGACGAGCUACAAGACUGAAAGCAGCAAGGAAGAUGCUGGUACUCAAAUGCUCCAUGAAGUUGCAGAUGCUGGAGAAAAUGCUAAGGUGGAGUUUCCCCGAGUCCCUCAAGGUUUAUGGAGCUGUGAUGAACAUCAACCGAGGGAACCCCUUCAGGAAGGAAGUGGUGGUGGACUCAUGGCCAGACUUCAAAGCUGUUAUCACCCGGCCGCAGAGGGAGAUUUUUUCUCCCCAGAAUGAGAUGGAUGACCUUGACCAUUAUACCAAUGCUCAUGCAGUUUUCUACAAGGAGCUACAAGCUUACCAGGAGCUACUGGAAAACACAAAUGCCAUCAACUGGGGACAAAUUUUUCAGAUACAAGGGCUCCAGGAUGGAAUACGUGAAAUAUCCAGAACGGUGGCUUUAUCUAAGAAGGUAGAUGUGAAAAUAUCCUGUUUCCAGAUGGUUAUCCAUUCGGACCCGGACACGCUGCCAGAUGUCAGACUUCAGAUGGACCCUAAAUUAACACUGACUUACCUGGACAUCUCCCAUGCCAGCCUGCUCAGCAAAACCUGGUCACGGGGGGGCAACCCAAGGAGCCAGAAGUACCUUGCUAACCUCAUUUGCUGCUUCCCCAGUGUCUGUGUCUUGGAUGACAAUGGGUAUCCCCUCUCCUGGAGCCUGACGGACCAGUUUGCCACCAUGAUUCAUGGUUAUACUCUCCCAGAGUAUCGGAGAAAGGGUUAUAGCAGGCUUGUGGCUACCACUUUAGCUAAGAAAUUACAUAGCUGUGGCUUUCCAGCACAGGGUAAUGUCCUGGAGACGAAUAUACCAUCAAUAACUUUGCUGAAAAGCAUGAAUGCCCAGUUUCUUCCCUGCUCGUUUUUCAGAGUGAUUCAUACACCUUUUCAACUUUUAGCCAAAUCUGACUUAUAGUCAGACCUCACGAACCUCUACAUUCAGAUCAACUUUUGUGUACUGCAGGAGCACUCUGGUGGAAUUUAAUAACUUGGGUGAGAUCAGAAAUCAUAGAAGAGGUUCCUGCAUAAGCCUAAAAUAGAAGGUACUGACUGCUCGUUACUUCUCUGCUUGGGGAAAGCUGUGCAUGGCAAAUCCAAAAGACUAGGAAUGGUUGUAAGUUUAAUAGUUGAACUGUAAUGGAUAUUCUGAUUGUACUGCUUCUGACUGAAGAAUUAUUCCUUCUAUAUAGCCAUUUUCUGGGAUAUCCACAGCAGAAUCCUUGAACACCUCUAACACAAUCUGUCUGUUUUGGUAUAAGUCCUCAAGCCUCUCCUUUCCCUAAGAUGGCCUAAAAGAGUGAAAUUAAAUAUGUGAAAUUAAGAAGCAGAGAAACCUGCA